GAGCCUCGGCUCACCACUUCCCUGGCCAGGCCGAGUUGGCUGUGCCCGCCCGAGGGGCUCGCCUGGGGCUGCCCCGGGGCACGGUCCCAGCACCGCCAGGCUGGGCAGUAGCCGGGGGGAGAGGCCCAGUGUCCAGACUGCAGGAGCUGUUGCAGCUGGAGCUGGGGAAGGAGGCAGCCAGCUCCGUGUAUCGCUUUCCCGGGGCAGGGCCAGGCCGGGGGGGUCCCAGCCGCUUGCUGCCUCCAGGGUCCGGCCUGCGGGGCUGACAUGAGGGCAGGCGCCUGGAGGAAACGGCUGCGAAGGGACCCGCAGCCCUGCCGAGCGGAGAGAUGAUCAGUCGGCAAGACACUCAACGGGCAGUGGCAAUUCUGACCAGGUACCAAACCACGCUGAGGGCUCCAGAGGAGCAGCAGUUGAAGGCCUCUAUCGGAAAGGUCUCGCACAUCUUCCGAAGUGACCUCUUUCAGGCCCUGCUGGAUAUUCAGGAGUUCUAUAAGCUGAGCUUACUUUCUGCACACCCGCAGCAUCAGAUCCCAGAUCCAGCCCCCCGUAUAUCUGAGAAUCAGCAUGAGGCCAGAGAGCUGGGCUCACCUGAUAGCCCUGGAGAUCCCCAACGUACUCUGGAGGACGUUCCUCUGGAUACUGAGCAGAGACCGGCUCAAGGGGCCCAGGGAAGCAGCGUGCUGGGGCAGCAGCCACAGCUGGUGAGAGUGACUGUGAGCAGCCUGGAGUCGCCAGCCAGUGUUUGCAGCCUGGUGGUUCGUGCCCACAGCACCCUACCCAAGGCUAACCCUGCUCCCAUUAUCGUGAACACGGACUCCUUGGAACCAGGGAUCUCUGUAAACGGCAGUGAUGGCAUGUUUAAGUAUGAGGAGAUUGUCCUGGAAAGGGGUAACUCUGGCCUUGGCUUCAGCAUUGCAGGGGGAAUUGAUAAUCCCCAUGUUCCUGAUGAUCCAGGGAUUUUUAUCACAAAAAUCAUCCCUGGUGGAGCUGCAGCGAUGGAUGGCCGCCUAGGGGUGAACGACUGCGUCCUGCGGGUAAAUGAAGUGGAUGUCUCUGAGGUGGUGCACAGCAAGGCAGUGGAGGCGCUGAAGGAAGCAGGCCCAGUGGUUCGACUUGUGGUGCGUCGGAGGCAGCCCCCACCUGAGACUAUCCUGGAAGUUAACCUGAUGAAAGGACCCAAAGGACUAGGCUUCAGCAUCGCGGGUGGAAUCGGAAACCAGCACAUCCCAGGAGACAACAGCAUCUACAUCACCAAGAUCAUCGAGGGAGGGGCUGCUCAGAAGGAUGGCCGGCUGCAGAUCGGGGACCGGCUGCUGGCGGUGAAUAACACGAACCUGCAGGACGUGCGGCAUGAGGAGGCGGUGGCCUCUCUGAAGAACACCUCCGACAUGGUGUACCUGAAAGUGGCCAAGCCUGGCAACGUCCACCUCAACGACAUGUACGCGCCCCCCGACUAUGCCAGCACCUUCUCAGCCUUGGCCGAUAACCACAUAAGCCAUAACACCAGUCUGGGUUACCUCGGCAGUGUUGAGAACAAACCCACUUACCCAGCCCCCCCACAGGCGACCCCAUCUAGGUACUCGCCCAUCCCUCGACAUAUGAUUGGAGAGGAAGACUUCACCAGAGAGCCCCGGAAAAUCAUCCUGCACAAAGGCUCCACUGGACUGGGCUUCAACAUCGUCGGGGGAGAGGAUGGAGAGGGGAUCUUCGUCUCCUUCAUCUUGGCUGGCGGCCCUGCCGACCUCAGUGGGGAGCUGCGGAGAGGAGACCGCAUCUUGUCGGUAAAUGGUGCAAAUCUACGGAACGCAACUCACGAACAGGCGGCAGCAGCUCUGAAACGGGCAGGGCAGACAGUGACCAUCAUCGCUCAGUACAGACCUGAAGAGUACAGCCGCUUCGAAUCCAAAAUCCACGACUUAAGAGAACAGAUGAUGAACAGCAGCAUGAGCUCUGGGUCGGGCUCUCUCCGGACAAGCGAGAAGAGAUCUCUCUAUGUCCGAGCCCUGUUUGACUAUGACAGGACCCGGGACAGCUGCCUGCCAAGCCAGGGGCUCAGCUUCUCCUAUGGGGACAUUCUGCACGUUAUCAAUGCCUCCGACGACGAGUGGUGGCAGGCGAGACUAGUGACGCCCCACGGAGAAAGUGAGCAGAUUGGGGUCAUCCCCAGCAAAAAACGGGUGGAAAAGAAGGAGCGUGCAAGAUUGAAAACAGUGAAGUUCCACGCCCGGACUGGGAUGAUUGAGUCCAACAGGUCGAUCAAAACGAAACGUAAAAAGAGUUUCCGCCUCUCCCGAAAGUUUCCAUUUUACAAGAGCAAAGAGAACCUGGCCCAGGAGAGCAGCGGACAGGAACAGGGCGUGACAUCAAACACCAGUGACAGCGAGAGCAGUUCCAAAGGACAAGAGGACACUAUCCUGUCAUAUGAACCGGUGACACGGCAAGAAAUUCACUAUGCGAGGCCAGUGAUCAUCCUGGGGCCAAUGAAAGACCGUGUCAACGAUGACCUCAUCUCCGAGUUUCCACACAAGUUUGGCUCCUGCGUGCCACACACUACCAGGCCUCGGCGUGAGAAUGAGGUGGAUGGGCAGGACUAUCACUUUGUCGGAUCCCGAGAGCAGAUGGAGAAAGAUAUUCAGGACAACAAGUUCAUCGAGGCUGGGCAGUUCAAUGACAAUCUCUAUGGGACCAGCAUCCAGUCGGUGCGGGCAGUUGCAGAGAGAGGGAAGCACUGCAUCCUGGACGUGUCUGGCAACGCCAUCAAGAGGUUGCAACAAGCACAACUUUACCCUAUUGCCAUUUUCAUCAAGCCAAAAUCCAUUGAAGCUCUCAUGGAGAUGAACCGGAGACAGACGUAUGAACAAGCCAACAAGGUCUUUGACAAAGCCAUGAAAUUGGAGCAGGAGUUUGGAGAGUAUUUUACAGCCAUUGUACAAGGAGACUCUCUGGAAGAGAUAUACAACAAAAUCAAACAGAUCAUUGAGGACCAGUCUGGGCACUACAUCUGGGUCCCAUCCCCUGAGAAACUCUGAAGACUUCCCCCAUCAACUUCCUUGUGAGCAGAUGUCUGAAAUCCCUCCCUCACCUAUGCCCCAAGGGGGUGGACAUGAAUACUUCUCCUGCCCCCUUUUUUAGAUCGUCGCAAGAUUGAGUUUUCUAGUCCUGUUUCUUUUUGUUGGGAUGAAUCAAUCUCACUUAACACGUGACUGUCCCCACCAUUCCUGCAUGGACCUUCCCGCUGCUCCAUUAGAGACAGAUGAGAUCCCAUUCAAGUCGUUUUUUAUUAUUAUUAAAAUUUAACCCAAGAUGCGAGAUGGGAGGAGGCGGCUGAGGACUUAUGUAAAGAACGACUGAAACAAUGGAUUUUUUUGAAAAUGAGCUAGGACUGGAGCUCCCGGGGGCAUUUCUCCAAGCAUGUGUCACUGCCUUGUAGCUCUGAACAGUGCAACAGAAAGCAUUUUAUUUAUCUGUAUAUGUAAUUUAUAUAUAAUAUAUAAAGAUAUUAUAUAUAUAUUAUAUAUAUGUGGACUAGAAAACCUGAGGGACCUCCUAAAACGGUACUAUAUUAUUGCAAGGAUCUUUUAAAUUGUUGUAUCCCAGUCACUGGGCAAGGGAGUCCCACUCUGGUCAAGAAGAGAUUGAAAUGGUACCAAGUGCUUCGGAUGCUUCUCACAUCUGGUCAGUUUUCUGAGAACCAAAGCCCAGAUCUUUGGGGUAGAGCAGAGAAACUGGGAUGCUGUGUGCGUGCAGAGAGGGCCGAGGGUCCAGAGUAACCUGUAGCAGCUGAUCUGAGUGAAACUGGAAGACCCAGACUGAGCAGGAGGCUGCAGGGCGAGAGAGAAUGGAUAAGACGUUAUUAAAUUGCACAUUGUUUUACACACCACCUAAUGUGUUUGCAUGAGAGGUUUCCUUUUUGUUCUAUUUUUUUAAGCAGAUGUUAAACCAAAACCAUAUUGUGUUGCUGUGUCAGCUUUUUUAUUAGAAUUUUCUCAUGUUAAUAAUGAUCUGUGGGUAUAAAAUCCAGUUUUUUAACUUAUUUUUUAAGAUGGUUACAUUGUAAAUAGAAUCCAGACCCAGGGUGUCAUAGUUAGAAAAUAAUCUACAGACCAUAUGGAAUGAGCAAGCCAGCUGAUCUGUGCUGCUGCCGGAACACUUCAAUGUGGAUGCAGCAAAUGCCAUCCAUCUGGUCUCCCUGGGGACCUACACUGGAUUUGAAUCUGGUGUGUGACAGGCUGAGGGAAUUCCAGUCUUCCUCAUGAAAGCACACUGGAAUUCCCCUCUGCUGCUGGAAGAAGACCAUAGCUGUGCCUGGGAUGGAAGCUCACAACUUCCCAAAUGAAUAAUGGAAUUUAAUACAGAGUUCAGAAUUCCAGUAACCGUGAAAACGGCUGUUUCCCCUGCAAGGGGUGAGGACCUUUGCUGUGGAGCAGCUGUGCAUGCAGUGCAGCAGUGUCCCUUCCUGAGUCCCUGGGACUCAGCGCUUGGCAGAUAGUGCUUGUUCACCUCUUCUGUUUAAUAUUUCUACUAUUGACAAGUGUCUGCAUAAAGCCUGUUCUGAAGUUUGGGAUCCACUUUUAGAAAGUCUCAGGAGCUUUGCAGUCUGUUGGGUAUGGAAAUGCAGACAGAAUUGUACCAUCAUGCUGUAUAAUCAAGAGAUCUUGUGACCAGGUGAGUGGUGUAAGACCACAGACAGGUAGUCUUCCUUGGACUGAGGCUACUGCUUUUGAGAAGCACAGGUGUGUGUGUUCGAAUGUGGCUCCACCUCAGGAAAAGAGCUUCCAAAAGGAUUUGUGGAUUUUCCAAUCUAGAUUUUGUUUUUCAAGUACCCCUAAUUCUAGUGCAAGAGCCCUCUCCUCUGCAGGGAAAAAUGUAAAAACUUUCUCCAUGCCACGUUCCUGUACAUCAGAGCAAAGGAGGUCACCAUAAAAAUGUGAGCAGGUACGUCUUCCCCCUUUCCAUGUGGUGACAGUUGGAUGCUAUAGAAGAAAACCAAGCUGUUGCUGACCUAACCUAAUAGGAUCAGACCACUGCUGUUUCCAGCUAGACAACACCAUGCUAAUACUGUCCACUCCCUGAGGUGAUAGCUGAUUGUGUCAAUGUGUUUUGUGCAGUGGCCUCAGUUUUAAAUAUGAGUGAGAACUGCUGUAAGUUUGUAGAGAGACAUUCUGGUAAGUGAGAAGUGUCACAGGAGACCCAAAGGGAUUUAGCAAUCCUGUGAGACUCAAAGCAACGCUGCAAAGCUCAUUGAUGGAACCACUACUGUUGAGAAGUGGAGCUGAAGGAGAGAGGACGGCUGUAGAUUCUGGCCAUGGACGGAUGUCCAGUGUUACAGCUACUGCCUGCUCUGGAUGCCACAAGCCCCAUUCUCGAGCUGGCAUAAGUGAAAUAGGAGCAAGUUCCUAAGAUGCUAGUCACAAGGUUACAGCUUCUUAACUUUUUUCCUAAGAGCCUGUCUCCCUCUCUUCUAGUCACAUGGAGAAAAAGGCCAGUGUACUCCAUGGCAUAGGUGAAAGUAUCCAAUCAGUCAUGACACUAGUUGGUUACCAGUGUUUCUUCCAAGGAGACAUAUAUUUUUAAUAAACAGAGAGUUGCAAUGAA